AUGUCCUCAAACUUGUAUGAUCCCGAAGCAAAGGCUGGCUCGGUUCAUGAAAUCGAAAUCAAAGGUACUAAUGAUGUCAACAACGUGCUUUCUGACAGCGAAGACAGAAAAGGCCACUCUGACAGAACCUCACUGGAGAAGAAAUUUCUAAGGAAGCUUGAUAUACGCAUGUCAGUGCUGGUGUUGAUCUACAUAUUAAACUAUAUAGAUAGAACGAACACAAGCUCGGCACGUCUACAAGGUUUCGAACAAGACCUACAUCUUCAAGGGCAGCAAUUCUCGACUAUCAUGUCUAUCUUAUUUGUCGGGUAUAUUAUCAUGCAGGUCCCAUCGAACAUGUUUCUGAACUGGAUGGGUCGUCCGUCAAUCUAUUUACCUGCUUGCAUGAGUAUCUGGGGAGUCAUCUCCAUACUGACAGGAGUCACCGAAAAUUUCGUGGGAGCACUUCUAACCCGAUUUUUUAUCGGUUUUGUUGAAGCGGCUUUUUUCCCGGGAGCGUUGUUCUUGAUAUCUCGCUGGUAUAAACGUGACGAAGUCGGACUCAGGACCUCAAUUUUAUAUUGCGGCAGUCUCAUCAGCAACGGCUUUGGCGCACUUAUUGCAUCUGGGAUCUUAGCAGACAUGCAAGGUAAACUUGGGCAUGCUGCAUGGCGAUGGCUCUUUUACAUCGAGGGCAGCAUCACUAUAUUUGUGGCUAUCUGUGCGAUGUUUAUUCUUCCUGACUUCCCCGAAAACACUCGCUGGUUGACUCCAGAGGAAAGACAGCUUGCCAUCACACGUCUCCAGGAGGAUGUUGCGAAAAGCUCCUUAGAUAUAGACCUGAAUGUUUAUGUUUCGCCGUUGCAAGGUCUCUGGAUGGGCUUAACGGACUGGAGGAUGUGGUGGUUUGCUGCAGCAGCAGUAUUUCAGUUGCUAGCCCAGUCUUUCUACAUCUUUUUCCCUACACUCAGUGCAACAAUGGGAUAUGGUACCACAAUUUCCUUAUUGUUGUGUGCGCCACCAUGGGUGUUCUCCGCCUUGCUUGCGUUCGUUGUAUCACGCUAUUCCGACAAAACCAAACAACGUUUUAUCUUCAUCGCGGUGUCUGAAGUGUUCGGCAUCGUGGGAUUUAUCAUAUCAAUCUGCACAAUGCACAUCGCGGCAAGAUAUAUUUCCCUCUUUCUUAUGGCGCAAACAUAUGCUGGUCUCAUCGUGUUCUAUGCUUGGAUGAGUAAUACAUUCCCCUGGCCUCCUGCUAAGCGUGCGGUUUGCCUUGGAUUUAUGAAUGGCUUUUCACAAAUAGGAAACAUUUCUGGGUCAUACAUAUGGCCUUCCACAUGGGGCCCAACGUACCGCUACUCGUACGCUAUAUGCAUUGUCGCUGCAGUGGUAUUCGCCGUCAUGUGUUAUGUGAUGAGCGCGCAUCUCAUCUCCCUCAAUAAGAAAAUAGAGAAAGAGGAAGAAGACAACGGAGUGCUGACACCUGGAUUUAGUUCUGCACGACUUCAAGGCUUCCAGCAGGACUUACAUCUUCAGGGACAGCAGUAUCCAACCGUUUUGUCCGUUCUGUAUGUUGGAUAUAUUAUCAUGCAAGUUCCAUCAAAUAUGUUUUUGAACUGGCUUGGGCGCCCUUCGAUCUAUAUACCCUCUUGCGUUGUUAUCUGGGGCACUAUCUCGAUUCUUAUAGGAGUCACUGAAAACUAUAUCGGUGUUCUUCUAGCACGAUUUUUCCUUGGUACCGUCGAAUCAGCUUUCUUUCCGGGAGCAUUAUUCAUAAUAUCGUGUUGGUAUAAACGUGACGAAAUUGGACUUAGGACCUCCAUACUCGAUUGUGGCAGUCUUAUCAGUAACGGUUUUGGUGCUCUUGCAGCUUCUGGAAUCCUGAGCGUUUUCUACACAUGGAUGAGCAACACGUUUCCUUGGUCCCCCGCUAAACGCGCCGUCUGUCUUGCGUUCAUGAAUUCUAUCUCUCAACUAGGCAAUGUCUGUGGAUCUUACGUAUGGCCUUCGACAUGGGGUCCAUCAUACCGCUACUCAUAUGCUAUUUGUAUCGCCUCGACAGUUUUGUUUAUUAUUAUGUGCUGGGUUAUGAGUAUGCACCUCGCCACUCUGAACAAGAAGAUGGCGAAAGAGGAGGAGGAGCGUGGCGCUCUGACACCUGGCUUUAGAUACUUGGUUUAA